CAUACUCCAAGAAAAUAAAAUAAAUUACGAAAGAACUCAUACAGAUAAGCCUUGUGAGAGGAAAUCCAUCACACAGAAGACAAUAGAUUUUUUUCUUGGCUUCUUUGGAUAGCAACGAAAAAUGGCAGGGCAUGCAAUAGUAGUCCCAUAUCCAGGGCGUGGCCACAUCAAUCCCAUGAUGCAUCUCGCCAGAAAGCUCGCAUCCCAUGGAAUCUCUGUCACUUUCGUGCUGACUGAGUCGUGGCACAAAAUCAUCACAGAGGCCGAGGACGAUGUUUUCUCCCAUGCCCAAAAGCUUGGCCUCGACAUUCAGGCUGCCCUCAUUCCAAACUGCGUGGUGGGUGGAUCACAAAGGUGGGGUAACAUGGCGGACUUUUUUCUGUCACUCUCCAACAUGGAAAUUCAUGUCAACGAGCUUAUAACAAAUCUCAAACGAUCGGGAGCCCCUACUUCAUGCAUAGUGGCCGACACUUUCCUCAGAUGGGCGGUGCCUCUGGCUAAAAGACACAAUCUCCUUUCUGUAGCACUCUGGCCAAUGUCUGUCACAACCUUCUCCAUCUUUUAUCAUUCGGACUUGGUUCGAUUGCAAGGCCGCAUAGAUUAUAUUCCUGGUAUGCCUCCGUUAACACAGGCGGAUCUUCCGAGCGCGCUUAAUGUUUCUCCUUCCCCUGUGACCGACGAGAUUGCCCAGUGUUUUAUAAAUGUAAGAGAAGCAGAUUGGGUUGUUGGAAAUUCCUUCUACGCCUUGGAUUGUAAAGCAAUCGAUGCCCUGCUUCACAAAACCCCUGUGCAGAGUGUGGGCCCCUUGAACAUGCCCUCUGUCCACUGGGGAGAUCGGAAAGGCGCUUCACAGUGCAGUCAAUGGCUCGAUUCAAAACCGGCACAGUCGGUCAUAUACGUUUCCUUCGGCAGCUUUGUUGAGGUGUCAAGAGCUCAGGUAAGGGAAAUAGCAAUAGGUCUUAUGCAGAGCGGCUACUGUUUUGUGUGGGCACUUCGGCCAGAUAAAGAGGCGUCUCAUGUCUGGGAAAUGUUGCCGGCUGGAUAUUUGGAGCAGUGCAAAGAGCAGGGCUUAGUUGCACCCUGGUUUAGGCAAGGGGAGAUUCUUUCACAUCCUUCGGUAGGAGGGUUUUUCAGCCACUGUGGGUGGAACUCCAUCAUGGAGAGCGUUUCAGAGGGUAUUCCCAUACUGGGAUUUCCUAUUGGAAUGGAUCAGUUUACAAAUUGUAAGCUUGUUGUGGACGAAUGGAAGUUCGGUUUGAGAGGGAGGAGUAGCGAGGAUAAAAAUAGGAUUAUAGAAGCAGAAGAGAUCGCCAGAAAGGUGAAAGUGCUGAUGGAAGGGGAGGAGAGCUUAAGUUUAAGAGGAGCGGUGAAGAGAUUUAGAGAGCUUGCCCAAGAGGAAGUCACGAAUGGACUGUCUGCAACUAAUCUGAAACUACUUGCCGACAAGUUGAAAGCAGUCAAAUGCCCAUGUAAGCAAUAGUAGAACAUUCAUCCAUUUGAGAUUUUAAGCAAUUGCUUUCACCAAUUGGUCCACCAUUUGCCUUUGUUAUUGCAGUCACUACUGAAACAAUCAAUCAAAAUGUAAUAGCAACGAAUCUUCUAGCUACCAAAAUUUGUGGUGUAAUGGUUUA